AUAAAAUAGAUUUUAGAUUUUAAAGACUUCUAAUUCAAGUAAUAUUACAAAAUUCAAAAUUUGUUUAUUACAAUUAAUAUUUUACCAUUAGAUAUAUUAAAAUAAUAUUAUAGAUCGAUAUUCAAUUGUCAGUUUUCAACUAUUACACGUAAAAAAUAUUAUUAAGUACGUUUUUUUUUAAAUGGGGUUUUAUAUUUUAAGUUGGUUAUUGGAAUACUUUUUCUUUUCGUUAAUUUAUUCGAGAUGAAAUUCCAAUCUUUUAAACUAAGAUAAUUUAUGUUUUAUACAUAAUUAUAUUUUUUAACAUAACUCUAAAAUCUCGGAUUUGAUUCUUCAUAUUUUAUUAGUUAAUUUUGUUACAUAUAAUAGAGAUACUUACUUCAAACUAAAAAUAUUAAAAAAAAAAAUUAAACUUAGUUAUAAUAUAAUUUAAUAUACAAAAAUUCACAUAGAAAUAAAAAUGAUAAAUUAGCAAAUUUUAAUAUAUUAUCCGCGCGUAGCGCGGACAAAGGAUCUAGUAAUAAUAAUUAUUCAAUUAUCAGUUGUAUGCAAUGACGAUACUAGGCGCUCAAUUAUAAGCAACUAAUUCAUAUCAAACAAAUCAUAAGUAAUGCAUUUGAAGACAAAACAAAAAUCUGUCAAAUAAUCAGAAAUGUGUAUUUAUUUUUUUAACUUGAAAACGAAUUACUUAUGACAAACAAACAAUGAGGGCAUAUGAAACAUUCACAGAAAUGAAACUUCAUACUAAUAAAUAUCUUCAAAAAAAAAAGAAUGAAGAGUAAAGAGUAGUAGUAGUAAAUGUCCCACAUCGAAUGCGCCAAUGACCUCGUGACUUCUCCUUCCACGAGUCCCAUCUUCGUCGCCUUCUUCAUAAUCACGGCAACCUUCCAAAAAGAACUUUAGCUUGUCUCUCUCUUACGUUUACUCAAGUCUUUCAGUACCUUUUUUAAAAGUAUCUCAAGGCCUCUUUGAACGAUUCAAAAGAUUCUCUUUCACACAGAGUCUCAAAGAAGUUACUCUUCGUUUCUGCUCUUUCUUGUUCCAAAUUUGUGCUUUUUCUUUCUCCGGUAAGUAACGUUCACUUGCUAUGGCGGAGAGGAGGCUCAACUUCAAGGCACCUCUUCUUUCCACUAGGCGGAUGCACAACACAGCUGUCUCUGUCCGCAGAAACAAGAGUAAUAAUAACUUCACUCUUGACUCUACGACAAGUGAGAUGGGUUUGGAUCAGGUUACUGAAGUUGCCUCGGUUCCUUUCACAUGGAAGCAAUCUCCUGGGAGACUAAAAGGACAUGAUUCCAGCCCUCAGAAAGUCUGUGAUCAAGUCGUCACGCCAUGUCUUCCACCAGGAAACCUGAGUUUCAGGGCUAAACAGGUUGAAGAAGACUCAGAGGAUGUGUUUUCUGAUGCGCAUGAUACACACUCUUACUUUUCUCCAAACCACAGCAUAACUGGUGUGAGUGGAUAUAGUGUUGUUGAAACGAAGAACCUUUCUGAGGAUCCUCAAUCUCGGGACUUCAUGUUGAACCGUUUCUUACCAGCUGCUAAAGCCAUGACUGUGGAGCAGCCUCACUAUGGGUCCAACCGUAAACCAUCCAGCUUUAUGUCUGAACCAACGAUACAAAUAAGAGAUUCAGUACCAGAGGAGAAGCGGAAAACUCCUAAUAGGUAUGAUAAGUCUACACUCUCACCUUACUAUGACCACCACCAAGACAUAGAUAAUGAAGAAAGCGUGGAGGAGGAGGAUGAUGAAGUUUCUGAGUACGCUUAUCUUUCAAGGAGAGGUUGUGGUAUGUUUCCACAGUUGUGCUUUAAAGAAUCUGUAGCCAUGCUUAACACAGGUUUUAAAUCCAAACAAAACUCUCCAAGCCAUGAUCAAGUGAAGUCAAGCAAGGUUUCUCAACUCAAAUCAAGAUUCCAAUCUAUCAAACAGCUGGCUCUUGAUUCUGUUUCGAAGCACAAGUUGGGUGGUAAAGUUCUAUCACCGGUUCAUCCAAACCUGACUUCUUCUGCAAGUAUGUCUUCAUCUCCUUACAGACACACUAAAUGUAUGUCACCAUUUCGCAACGGUUCUCCGUUUCACCGCGACACUCGUAAGGAAACCGAGAGCCUGAGAGCCAACAGGCUGAACAAGCAUAUUAGUAACAUAAGCAACGCUUCAGCUAGCUCUCUCUUGGAGAAGACUGUAUAUGUCGACACCGAGGAUUCUCCCAAGACUAAUAUUAUGAUCUUCCCUGAGGAAGUAGAGAAGAAGCCAGACACCAAUCUUGAGCUUGAAGAGUUAGGAAAGAUCAACAGUAGUCCUGGUCGGUCUCUUCUUGCACCACCAUUGCCUAAGAAGCCUUCUGAAUCUUGGCUUUUGCAUAAUCUGCCUUCAGUAGUAAACUCUCAGACCUCUUCACGUAGAUAUACAUUCCAUCCCAAGAAGGAGAGUUUUAAUGAAAACUCCAUUAGUGUUACCAAGUGGGAAACUAUUGUUAAGACUUCUUACAUGCAUAGAGAUCAUAUCAGAUAUUCCGAAUGUUUGCUUCAUCUUUUGCAGGAACUGGUUGCUCAUACAUCUCUUCAAUGAGAGCCUGAAGCUUCUUGAGAUGUGACCGGUGUACAUGAGUUUACCGGUGAAAAAAAGUGUGUGAUUGUUUUAUAAAAUCUCUUAAGAGUGAUUCACAUUUGUGCAGCUUCAAUAUUUGUGACUUUUACCUAAUAAAAUAAGAAUCACUUGUCUUUUGCCUAAGCAGAUAAACUCUGA